GUCUUCGUCUCUCUACUUUGUCACGGAGAGAAAGAGAGAGAGAGAGAAUGCAAUGGCGAUCGAGCUCCGGCAAACCGGCAAAGGCAACGGAUUGAGGCCAAUAGUUUGGCCGGCAAUUCUAACGGUACUACUGGGUAUCAUCGGAGUAGGGAAAAGUGCAGAAAUAUAUGAAGAGUGGCAUGUCGCAAUUGACACCAACGUUAAACCGGUGUCCGUUAAUCAGUCGGUUAUCACGAUAAACGGGAUGUUCCCCGGACCCCUUCUCAAUACCACCACCAACGACAACGUCCAUGUCAAUGUCUUCAACGACAUGGACGAGCCUCUCCUCUUCACAUGGAAUGGGAUGCAGCAAAGGCUGAAUUCAUGGCAAGAUGGGGUGUCCGGAACCAACUGUGCCAUCGGACCUGGGAAGAACUGGACUUAUGUGUUCCAAAUGAAGGAUCAGAUCGGCAGCUUCUUCUACUUCCCUUCCGUCAACUUCCACAAGGCCGGCGGCGGGUUUGGACCUAUUCGGGUUAACAACCGGCCGGUCAUCCAGGUGCCCUUCCCCAUGCCCCACGCCGACUUUGAUCUUCUCAUUGGAGACUGGUACAAACAUGAUUUUAAGGACGUGAGAUCCAAAUUGAACACUACAGAUUGGGCCUACCAUAUGCCUCCUGAUCAAAUGCUCAUGAAUGGGAAAGGCCCAUAUAUUGGCCCACAUUCAAAAUCUCAUGAAUCCUUCACCGUGACGCAAGGGAAGACGUACCGGUUUCGGAUAUCAAACGUGGGGACCGCUUGGAGUUUCAACCUUAGGAUCCAAAAUCACCGGAUGAUAUUGGUGGAAACCGAAGGAUCAUACACCAAUAAGAUAACGUUGGAUUCUCUUGACGUUCACGUAGGCCAGUCAUACUCUGUGCUUGUCUCUUUGAAUCAAGAUGUCGUUGAUUAUUAUAUCGUGGCGAGCCCUAAAAUGUUCAAUUCAAGCGAUGAUGAUCGGAGGCUCAAAGCUAUAGGGGUGUUGCAUUAUGAGAACUCGACCACUCCUCCUAGUGGGCCUCUCCCUAAAGGGCCUAAUCCAUUUGAUCAGACUUUCUCUAUUAAUCAAGCCCGAUCCAUCAGGUGGAACUUGACUACUGGUGCAGCAAGGCCAAACCCGCAAGGAACUUUCAACGUGAGUAAUGUGACUGUGUCACAAACAUUUAUACUUGAAGGAUCCAUGGGUGAGAUUGAUGGAGCUCCACAUUACAUGGUCAACAAUGUGGCUUACCUCACCCCAGACACUCCACUCAAACUGGCAGAUUAUGCCAAUGUCUCUGGCGUCUACCAACUCGAUGCAUUUCCAAUCAACUUCACCAAUUUAGUCCCCAUUAAUGGAACCUUUGUGGUCACUGGAAACCACAAGGCCUGGCUAGAGAUUGUCUUCAAAAACCACUUGCUUGCCAUGGAUUCUUGGCAUCUUGAUGGGUUUGGCUUCUUCGUGGUUGGGUUUGGCGACGGGGAAUGGACUCCUGAAAUGCGUUUGACAUACAAUCUUUAUGAUCCUGUCGUUCGCUCUACUGUUCAGGUGUAUCCAGGUGGUUGGACAGCAGUUUAUGCAUAUCUCGACAAUCCAGGAAUGUGGAACUUGAGGUCACAACAGUUAAGAAACUGGUUCUUGGGAGAAGAGCUUUAUGUCAGAGUUUAUGAUCCAGAUCCUAAUCCUGCAAAAGAGAGGCCUCCCCCACAAAACCUUCUCUUUUGUGGGAGGAUCAAUCCUCCUCCUCCGCCGCCGCCUUCUCCUCCAACCAGUUCGCCGCCUCCAAUGCCGACUCCAGUGGCGCCAACGCCCUCGACUUCACCACCUGCACAUGUAGCAUGGGCUCGGUGCUUGAUCAUCAUCUUGGUGAGUUGUGUUGCGGCAAUUCUUUAAAUUGGUCUGCGUAUACCAUGGCUUGCUGCUUUGACAACAGCACAAAUUCUGAUCAGAUUGGAGCUAGCCUUAAAAUCUUAAACAUGUGCAGCCUUGAGUAAAUUAAACAUUUAAUGGUCUCCCAAGAGUAUUUUUAUCAUAAUUGAAAGACUUGUCGAUUCCACAUAUCACUUGAUAAGUUGCAUUAUUUUUGACAUAUAUAUAUGUAGCGUCUUUAAAAUAUGAUGGGUAAA